AUGAAGAAUGAAUCUUUUCAACUUCUAAGCCUUAUGCUUGGCACUGCAGCUACAGCACCUAUCGUGACCGUGCUGAACGGUACAUAUGAGGGACGUUACUUGCCAGAAUUCAGCCAGGAUCUCUUUCUAGGUAUACCUUAUGCUCAGGACACCAGUCUCGCCAAUAGGUAUCGUGUCCCUCAGUCAUUGAAUGAGACAUGGCCGGGCGUUCGUGCGGCCACACACUACAGCAAUGCUUGUCCAGGCCUGUAUCCGGAGCUGGACAGUAUGUAUGGAAUGAGUGAGAAUUGUCUGACCAUUAACAUUGUUCGACCCGCUGGAAUAGAAGUCGACGCACAACUGCCGAUCAUGUUCUGGAUUCAUGGCGGCAGUUACCAGCUAGGGACCACAGGGCUGCCGAAUUACAAUCUUAGCUAUAUCGUGCAAAGGUCUGUUGACAUAGGACGGCCUAUCAUCGCAGCCAGUAUCAAUUAUCGUAAAGGUGGAUGGGGCAAUCUCUACUCCAUUGAACUGCAAGGCUCUGGAAACACCAACUUAGCGCUUCGAGAUAUGCGCAAGGCGCUUGCCUGGGUAUCCGAGAAUAUCAAGUGUUUUGGAGGUAAUCCUAACAGUGUUACUGUCUGGGGUGAAUCUUCCGGUUCUUUUGCUGUAGGUCAACUUCUACUUAGCUAUGGUGGAAGGACAGAUAAUCUUUUUCAUCGCUCCAUUCAACAAUCCGGAAGUGCAACGACUGCAUGGACCAAUGGCAGUGAUUGGUAUCAACCCAUAUACGACGACAUUGUCAAUCAAACUAAUUGCUCCGAGGCAAUCGAUACACUUGCAUGUUUACGUACAGUGCCAUACGAAGUCCUCUUGCCCUUACUGGACAAAUUUCCGACUCUUAAUGGUGGACCCGGCUACUACCCGACCGUGGACGGAGACAUCUUUCCCAUGUAUCCUACUGAAGCUUAUCGCAAUGGUCAUUUCGCCACGUCGAUACCUCAUCUCUAUGGCACGAACACCGACGAGGGUACAGAUAAUGCGCCUAGCGACGGCGUCAUCAAUACCGACGAGGACUUGUUCGCAUUCCUUCUUAACAGCACAGGCUUUGACUUCCCGUCAUCCACCGUAGAUCAAAUUAUGCAACUAUAUCCUGAUGAUCCCGAGGUCGGCAUUCCAGCUCACACAAGUAUGAAUCGCUUCGAAGACCACGGUCGUCAGUACAAGCGCAUCGCUGCCAUAAUGGGCGACGUCUUUUAUCAUGCUCCACGCCUCGACGAUGCCAGAUCCUACACGAAAUCUGCCGAGAGUGGAUCGAAGACUUUCACAUACAGAUACAAUACUCGAGGCUGGAUGAACAAUACCAAUACGACUUAUGUGGACGUCACAGGUUCAUUCGCUCCUGAUUACAAAGGCGUUGCUCAUGCAAGCGAACUUGGCUUUGUGUUUGAUAAUCCUCAUUUCCAUGGCGUAUGGGCGGGUUACUCGGAGUUGAGUGAUUUGAUCAGCGAGCUAUGGAUCAACUUCGCACAUGACGGAACGCCAAAUGUUGCACUGGUAUCAGACUAUGUGGUCGAGGAGGAUGCAGAGGUCAUUGAGCAGACCUUAGAGAAUACAAAUGUCACUGGGUUGCAGCGUCUUUAUUGGCCUAGCUAUGAUGAGGACGAGAGAGGCCUGAACCUCGUGCUGCAGACACAAGGACAAGGCGGUUGCUACGUGGAGCCUGAUACUUACCGCCUCGAGGGCAGAGAGUAUCUUACGCAGUGGGCAAGGCGACGACAUGUCUGA